AUGCCUCGCAAAAUCUCCAAUGCUAUCCCCACUCAGCCUCUGCACACUGAUGUCAGCCCGACCUUGGCCUCUACUGGGAAUGCGCAGGGUACGGUCCCGCCCGUCACGAUUAUGAAUACUCGUGGACGCCGAGGCGCUUCGUUGGCCACCGUCCCCGUUGCCAGCUCUCUGACGACAGUUCAGGCACUGGGCACUGCCGACGAUACUAGCAUCCCAGCAACGCGCAGCGGUAGACGGGUCACGAUGACUGCCAAAAAGGCGGAUGCUGUUAACGACAAGCAGGAAAAGGCAAAUGCUGCAACUAAGAAGGCACAAGUCAUGGCUUUGUGUGCACGUCAAGCCAAUGAAGAAGCUAGUGGCUUUGUGGAAGAAGACUCUGGCAAGUAG